AUGUCGUUCGUCGUGCUGCGGGAUGGAACGGGGUUCGUGCAGUGCGUCUUUGACGGUGCCGUGGAGCCGUUUCACCGGGAGACCUCCCUCGCCAUCCGCGGCGUCGUUCGCAGCGAGCCGAAGGCGAAGGGCGACCUCCAGCCCCCGAUCGAGAUCCAGGUCCAGGAGUACGCGAUCAUCGGCCGCUCCGACGGCACCAUCGAGACGAUCAUCACCGCCGAGAGCUCCAUCGAUAAGCUGCUCGAUCAUCGCCACAUCGUCCUCCGCGGGAUGAUCGGGAGCUCCGUGAUGAAGGUGCGCCACGAGAUGCUCCGCGUCUUCCGUGAAUUCCUUUGGUCGAAGGGCUACUACGAGGUGAGCCCGCCGACGAUCGUGCAGUCAGAGUGCGAAAGCGGCUCCACUGUCUUUGACUUGACCUACUACAACGAGAAGGCCUACCUCACGCAGUCCUCGCAGCUUUAUCUGGAGACGGUCACGUCGUCGCUCGGGAACGUGUUUUGCUGCUUACCCAGCUACCGUGCGGAGAAGUCAAAGACGAAGCGCCACCUCAGCGAGUACACCCAUCUAGAGGUGGAGUACGACGUGUGCACCUUUGAGGAUCUGCUCAGCCGACUGGAGGAGCUCAUCACGCACGCGUUCGACAACAUCAUCGCGCGCGCUGGAAAUUUAGUCGCCCUGCUGAACCCCUCACAGGUGAUCGACCCGGAUGGGGAUCUUUUCGACCCCGCAAACUACAAAUUUCGCCCUAAACGCCCCUUCCGUCGCCUGCGGUACAGCGAGGCGAUUCAGUUCUGCAACGAUAACGGCAUUUUGAACCCCGAAACGGGCGAGAAGUUCAAGAUUGGCGAGGAUAUUACCGACCAGCCGGAGCGCGCGAUGGUGGCGAAGUUCAACGAGUUCAUCCUCAUGACGCACUUCCCCGCCGCGAUCAAGUCGUUCUACAUGCAGCGCGAUCCCGAGGAUCCGAUUAUGACGGAAUCCGUGGAUGUUCUCGCGCCCGGGAUCGGCGAGAUCGUUGGCGGUUCCAUGCGUAUGUGGGAUUACGACGAGCUUAUGAAGGUUUACGAGCAGGAAAAGAUCGAUCCGUCGCUCUACAGCUGGUAUAUUGAUCAGCGACGGUACGGCAGCGUCCCGCACGGCGGGUUUGGCUUGGGAAUUGAGCGUCUGCUGGUGUGGUUGCUGGAUUUGGAUAGUGUGAAGGAGGGAUGUCUUUAUCCGCGCUACAUGGGGCGAUGCAAGCCGUAA